AAGAAGGUCGAAGCCGGAGCGACCGAUUCCACCCCAUCCGCCACCACCACAGCCACCGCAGCCUCGGAUGCCUCAAGCGCCGUGAAACGCGACCUGGCCCCCCGCGUGGAGGAAGCCGAAGAGUAAUGUAGCAUGUUUCAUCCAUCCACUUGACCAUAAACCAUAAGAUCAGCACACGCUACAGACCUAGUAUGCGGGGGUUGAACGAUCCAAACAAAACAAAACAGCAUGAUCCGAUGUUUUUCCCGCUAUAUCCUUUUGCCAUCCAUCCUUCAAUCAAUCAUCUUUCAUUCUCAUACCUCUGUGCGCGCUCGGUAGUUAUUCUGCAUGAUGUCUUUGCUCUGUUUGUUGCUCUUUACUUUUUUUUUUCCCUUCUUAUCACUGCCCGAGCAUGGAUUCGGGGAUUCAGGGAUUCGGGUACUUGGGGUAACAGCUAUGAAAUGGAGUUCAUUUAUUCUGCUUCUGCCUGCCAUUAGUCUCUAUUUUUUUUUCUCAUUCUCUCUGUAUAAUGUAGUAGAUCUGCUCACUUGGGUAGAUGAAUUAAAUUUUUUCCCUUUUCAACA